GGAAGAAAACAUCCAGCUGUAAUCGAGGCAGGGAGAGCUCUGGCUAGCUUAGCACCCUGUGUAGCGUUGGCACAGUAAUGAAACGGUCUUGCGAGUCGGUAAUAAACUGGUGUUUUGUCAUGCUGUGUCCGGAGUAGUGACUGUAUCGAUUGAUACCCAAGGAAUAUCAUUCUCCUCGACUUUCCUCCCGCCCGAGUGUUGAAACGAGGUGUGAAUGAGUGACGUGGUGCCUCCCACAGCUCUCAGUGAAGUCCAACUCCGCUUCCUCUGCCACGAUGACAUAGAGAAUGUCAAGCUGCUCUGCGGUGAUUGGUUCCCAAUCGAGUACCCAGACUCAUGGUAUCAGGACAUCACCUCCAACAAGAAGUUCUUCUCCCUCGCUGCCACCUUCAGAGGAGGCAUCGUGGGAAUGAUUGUGGCCGAGAUCAAAGGCCGGACCAAAGUGCACAAAGAGGAUGGAGACAUCCUGGCCUCUAGUUUCCCUGUGGACACACAGGUAGCAUACAUCCUCAGCCUGGGAGUGGUCAAAGAGUUCAGGAAACAUGGCAUAGGCUCCCUACUGCUGGACAGUUUGAAGGAGCACAUCUCAACGACAGCCCAGGACCAUUGUAAGGCAAUCUACCUACACGUUCUCACUACCAACAACACUGCCAUCCACUUCUAUGAGAACAGGGACUUCAGGCAGCACCACUACCUGCCCUACUACUACUCCAUACGAGGCGUCCUCAAAGACGGAUUCACAUAUGUGCUCUACAUCAAUGGGGGUCAUCCACCCUGGACGAUAUUUGACUAUAUCCAGCACAUUGGUUCAACCUUGGCCAGCCUGAGCCCCUGCUCCAUCCCUCAGAGACUGUACAGACAGGCCCAGUCCCUGCUGCGCUCUCUGCUGCCCUGGUCCAACAUCGCCUCCAAGACCGGCAUACAGUACAGCAGAACAAUGUGACCCAACAUGGAGCGCACCUUCCAUUUCUCAUCAGUCUUCCCCUGUACACACCAAGAUGUACAAGCACACUCACACUCUCGUGCAGCUUUCCACACCCUGUGUAAAACACAGGACUCAGGUUCAGCCUGCGUUUGACCGUUCAUAUACUACAAUAAUAGUCCCGAUUCAGUACUCGUUUUGGCACUGUUCACACAACAUCUGGGUUUGCAGCUGUAGUUCUGUGCCCACUGCGAAACAGGGUUGUUGCAUAUAGCAACGUCACUAAAAGUGCAAUGUUGGUUUUUACACUGACGGCCGGUUUGAUCUGGUAAAAUCAUGGGAUCUCUUUUAAUUAUUCUGAUACUAUACUAUCCCAUAUAUAUACUACACUAUCCCAUAGUUACUAUAGUAACCUGUGUUUAUCCAGUCAUACCACAGGUGAGCAGUGUCAGACCCACUUUCAGCCCUUGCAGUGGAGCAGACGGCAAACACAGGUCGUAGUUUGGGUGUGAAAGGGGUGUAACACGCACACUGAGGACCCUACAGGGACUAAAGGUUCAACCCUGCCUGUCCUUCCCUUCAUCCUGUCCACCAUGUCACAGAGACUAUGUAUACUGUUUGUAUAUUAUAUAUACUAAGCUAAUAUAUAAAUUCCUCUCAAUAUGUAUGUCUAUUCCAUGCUGUUAGUAGGCCUAGUUGGAAGAAAGCCCAUCUUGUCCCCUUUUUGACUAUAGACUGAAUCCAGAGUCAAUUCCAGUUUGUAAAAUAGAGACUAAGUUACAUAUAAUUGGACUGUGAAUCUAGCUACGUUAAUAGGCUAGUAGGGUAGAAUAAAGUUAAUUAUACACAGGAAACUUUGAGACACAAUGUAGAUGGGUGAUAUUUUUAGUAGCAACUGGAAUUCUACAAAAGGAUUCUUCCCUUUUGGAAGUUCAUGAUAUGGGCUUAUUAGCUGUGUGCAGUAAUUGUACUGGAAACUAAUGAUAUCAGUACAGAAACAUACAGCCUGAACAUUAUUAUAGUGUGUUACUCAGUACUUACUGUAACACAACGUUUACAGACACCUCACAUAUUAUGCAGUGCUGUUUUAAAGUCUUACAUAAAAAUACCAUCAUAACUCAAAGCAAAAUGGCCUUUCUACAUUGUUUCCAAAUGUUGCCUAUUUUUAAUCAUCAAGGGUAAAGGAGAGUUGCUCGUGUUCUUAUGUUAGAGGUUUUAAAUGGCUUCAGCCCUGUCUGUCUGCGCUAUGGCUGUAAAAUUGCUGCUAAUGUAGAGAAAUGUCUAUAUGUUUGUCCAGAUUUUAAAUUAUGGCCCAGAUUAGAUUUUUAUGCCUGCCUGCAGACGAGAUGAGAAAAAGGAAGUAACGUUUCCAAACGCACACGUCAUACACCGUGUGUGCCUGCAGGCAUGCGGGUGUGUGUGUCUGCGUGUGUGUUUAUGCACACAGGGUCUGAAAUGAGCACCUAUCAAGUGCCAAAUGUUGGUCAGAUCUGCCUGUGGAAGACGAAUGAGUAAAGUUCACCCAACAGGUUGACUGGUAACUUUGUCAGUAAGUAAGAUAGUUUAUCAAUUCUAUUGCAUUCUGUUGAUCCAGUGUAUCAGUCAGUGAGCAAAUCUUGACAUAGCACUGAAAAUUGUUGUUGCAGUCAUUGUUAAAAGGUGAACGUUUCUCAAUUUUCCAGCUCUGGCCAGGUAACUCUCAGUAAAUUUCAGAUAUUGUGUAUGCAAUAAAUUUGUUUCACUUUAUUGAUUGUAAAGACUGAGUCAGUGUGACUAUCCCAGAUGUAUGACUAUUUUACAUUGUUAUAAUGUUUUCUUUGUGAUUGUCAUAUUGCAUUGUCAUAAACCUGAGCCUUGUUUUCAUUCA